GGAUUACAUGAUUUUAGGUCCCAAGCGCGUCUCUCCUUAUAAACCCUCCAACACCUCUCUCUUGCAAGUGUGUCAGCACCAACGGUUGCAGAUACUUUCUCAUCUCCUUACCCAACAAAUCUCCAUUAUACCCACCCAGCACCAACAUCUCAUGGUACCCACUUUGUAUUGAAAAAAUUUCCCCAUUAUAUAUAUAUCAUAACUCCUCCUCACUCUCACUCCAUAACCACCCCAUUCUCAUAUCUCCCUCCCCCGCUUCCUCAACCCAAUGGCAACCAUGGCGACAACCUUGACUCCCUUUCUCUCCUCCAAAUCCAAAACCUCUUUCUUGGAAUCCCACCGCCACUCAUCCAUACCCACAUCUCGCCGCCUCCAACCCAUCAAAUCCACCCCAGGUAACCACCUCUCCGUUUCCAUGUCCGCCACGUCUCCGCCGUACGAUCUGAAGUCGUUCAAGUUCGAUCCCAUAAAGGAGUCGAUCGUGUCUCGCGAAAUGACCCGUCGGUACAUGACGGACAUGAUCACCUACGCCGAUACCGACGUCGUCAUCGUCGGUGCCGGAUCCGCUGGCCUUUCCUGCGCUUACGAGCUCAGUAAAAAUCCAUCUGUACAGGUGGCGAUCAUCGAGCAAUCCGUGAGCCCUGGUGGCGGCGCAUGGCUAGGCGGCCAGCUCUUCUCCGCCAUGGUAGUUCGCAAACCGGCCCACCUCUUCCUUGAUGAACUCAACAUCGAGUACGACGAGCAAGACAACUACGUCGUGAUCAAGCACGCCGCCCUCUUCACCUCCACGAUCAUGAGCAAAUUACUUGCCCGUCCCAAUGUGAAGCUGUUCAACGCCGUGGCGGCUGAGGACCUGAUCGUGAAGGGCGGCAGGGUCGGCGGCGUGGUGACCAACUGGGCCCUGGUUUCGAUGAACCACGACACCCAGUCAUGCAUGGACCCCAAUGUGAUGGAGGCAAAAGUGGUGGUGAGCUCUUGUGGGCACGACGGGCCGUUUGGAGCUACAGGGGUUAAGAGGCUGAGGAGCAUUGGGAUGAUUGAUAGUGUGCCAGGGAUGAAGGCUCUUGAUAUGAAUGCGGCUGAGGAUGCGAUUGUGAGGCUUACGAGGGAGAUUGUGCCCGGGAUGAUUGUUACUGGCAUGGAAGUUGCUGAAAUUGAUGGGUCCCCUAGAAUGGGACCAACGUUUGGGGCCAUGAUGAUAUCGGGACAGAAGGCAGCUCACCUGGCAUUGAAGUCCCUGGGGCUUCCAAACGCAGUUGAUGGAACGUAUGUCGGUAGCACUCACCCGGAGAUGAUACUAGCCUCUGCAGAUGCUGUCGAAACCGUGGAUGCUUAAUUAACCUACUCUAAUAAAGAGAUAAGAGUGGCAAAGUCUUGCUGCUGGGGGUGACGUGGUGGAGAAUGAAUAAGUAGGAUCGGUGAACUCAAUGGGUUAGUUUUGUUUAGGCUAAGUUUUGUGAACGUGUGUCUCUCCUUUAUCUUUAUCCUUCUUUUGGAACUUGGAUGUUGAGUGGUUUUCAUCCUUCAGUUGGACA